UAAAUGUUAUAAAAAAUCACUCUCUUGUUGUCCUUUUUACUAAAAUAAUAAAUUAAUAUUAGCUCUAAAGUACCUUUUAAACUUUCGUAAACAACAAUUCUAGUCAAAAAAGUGAUAAAAUGUGCAAAAUUUCAUUGAAAAACAUCGGAAAGUGAACCCCUCGACCUCCAAUACGACAAAAAUGUCUUUGCUGUAGAUACGCCACGAGACGAGAGCCGAGCACAUGAAACAACAUCAACGCGUCAUGGCUAAGGCUAACAACAUCAAACUAAAAGAAACGGAGGCAAUAGUUGUGGGUCCCGAAACCUCAACGGGGCAGCAGCAACAAACGAUUCGCAUCCAAAACCAAUCGAUUGUCACGACAGCUGCCGGUCCGGGAGGCACGCAAAGCAAUUUUAUUCUUGUGCGUGCGGCGCGUUCAGAUUCCGGUCAACUAAUCUUGCAAAAUGGGCACGAGCUGUUGACACUUUUGAACGAAAGUGCGGCGGCGGCAGCAGCUGCUGCGGCAAACGGAGGCGAUGACACGAGCAACAAGCCGAUUGUCAUCCAGCAACGUGGCAAAAGUCGCACCACGACGACGACGAAUAACGGCUCAACCCUUAACGAAAGUACAAAUUCAAUUGCUGUGCAUCAACAUCCCGCUGCGUUGCGUGACGCCGGUGGCUCGCAAACGAUUUUGCUCCAGUCCUCGGGCACGGGCGGCAUGAAAAAACUCACGAGCGCCGAUGGCUCAAGCAUAAUUUUGCAGCAAACGCGACUUGCAAACGCCAAAGGAAGUGCCGCCGACGCGAAUUCCGGACCCAUUUUACUGCAAACACUCAAGAGGUUGGAUAAGACGCCGUCCAUUCUGGUAAUUCGUAAUGCGGGAGGCGCCGCAACGCAAGCAGGAACGUCGAAAAUGGUCUCGGCGCAAGUUAAAACGGUGCCGCGACUCACUUCGCAGCAGGAAACUGUCACGGUUAUCACGGCAGCGAGCGAGCGUGAUCGCAGUACCGAACGUGUCAGUAACAGCAAACAAACGAAUAUUCCGCUGGGGAGCGAUGGCGAACCAAUUAAGCUACCUGACAACUUGGAAAGUCUCCCGAGAGCCGAUCAUUUUCCAACGCAGCGACAUCGAUGGAACACAAACGAGGAAAUUGCUGCAAUUCUCAUCAGCUUUGACAAACAUUCCGAAUGGCAAUCAAAAGAAGUCAAAACUCGACCAAAAAGCGGCUCAAUGUUGUUGUAUUCGCGCAAAAAGGUCCGUUAUCGACGCGAUGGCUACUGCUGGAAGAAACGCAAGGACGGCAAAACGACGCGCGAGGAUCACAUGAAGUUAAAAGUACAAGGAACGGAGUGCAUCUACGGCUGUUACGUACAUUCAGCUAUCCUUCCAACCUUUCAUCGAAGGUGCUAUUGGCUGUUACAGAAUCCAGACAUCGUCUUAGUGCAUUAUCUUAAUGUCCCGUAUCCGGAUGAUAAUAAAAUGGCCGUUAUAACGCCUAAUCUCGCGCUGUGGGGCGACAAGAAGGAAUGGACCAAGGAGGAAUUGGUUAGUCAGCUGAAGCCAAUGUUCUUUCCAGUCUUCAGCGAAGACGAUGCCGACACCAGCAACGACAUUGAAAUUUCCACGGCAGAAACUGUCGAAGCGAUUGUCAGUCAAUUAAUGGAGAAACAACGAAUGGCACGUCAAGCGGCGCUCGUGAAGCAGCUGGAAUGCGGAUGUCCCGAUUCGACGUGUGCCGAUGGCAAGAGUUGUUCGCAUCCGAUGCGGAGAAUUACGUCAAGGACGCCCGAAAAUAAGAGACAGGAGAAUAAUAAUCAAGUUUCAAGUACAACGCCAAAUAUUUUGGUUGGAUCGAGGCUCUACCCAAAAUGGAUCGAACGUCGUCAACGGGAGCAAAUGCUCGAAAACGCCCGUCUCCAAAAGUACGACACGAACUCUCUGCAUUUCCAAAUCGUUCCAACUACAUCACAAAAUCACCCUUCGAUGAUGCGUCAAACGUACCAACAUUCCCAGCAGCAGCAACAGCACAUCCCUCCCCCACUUUCGAUGCAGCAACAGCAACAAAUUCACGCUACGACGAAAUUAUCACAUCCUCAGCAGCAGCAACAACAACCGACGAAUAACACUCGGAACGGCCUGCAAAUCGUUAAUCGGUCAACAAAUCAAAAUGCCAGCAAUAACAAUAACAACAACACUGACGUUAAUUUGAAUGGAGGUGUUGAGGAAAACACUCAUCAUGUGACACAUACGAACACGAGCAGCAUGGAAGAUGACACAAGUACAACGACGACAACCACGACAACUGCAUUCAAUAAUCGAAUUACCGUCGUACAGCAUCAACAGCAGCAGCAGCAGCAAUUAAAUGGAAAUAAUAAUUCAUCAAAUGGUCCGAGUAAUAAUGGGAAUGCACCACCGCUCGUCUUGAAUUUGUCUCAGCUUCAGACAUCGCCCGGUAGCUUGCUCAUACUGAACAACCAACAAUCGACUUAUGUGUGCCAGCCAACAUCUUCUCCCUCGAAUCCAUCCGAGACGACGUCACAAGACGACAAAAGCACAAUUGUCGAGUUUACUGUUCCAAAAGAGGAAACAAUGAUGGAUUCCAACGAAAAAUAUGCCGAUCAGUAUGAAACGAGCAUGAGUUACAGCUCGACAGCUCACAAUAGUCCCAUGAAAAGUCAUCCGACACUGAAAGAAGGACAUGAAGUACCCUAUUUCACUGAAACUUUGGAUUUAUCGCAAGAAGACAUCCAAAAAACCCUUUCGGCGAACAUGCCAACUAAUGGCGCUGAUGUCCACGAAGACACAAACGAGAUAAAUCCAAUGGAUUUCAUUGAAAGUUGCGAAACUCAAGGUCACGAAGAUGACGUUUUCGUGAAUUUAGAUGCUUUUGAUAUGUUAGUUGAGUUUCCUGAACUUCAUGAAUUCCAUGGAAACGCAAAUAACGCAAAUAAUGAGGUUAUGCAUGAGAACAAAUAUCAUCACACUGCGGGAAAUGUGCCUGGCGAACAAACCUCUACAAUUACGGAUUACAGCCCUGAAUGGGCAUACCCCGAAGGAGGUGUCAAAGUUCUCGUUACAGGUCCAUGGGAUGUUAAUACAGCAUAUACGGUGCUUUUUGAUAACUUUCCUGUACCAACAACUUUGGUUCAAAGCGGCGUCUUGCGUUGUUAUUGCCCUGCCCAUGAGGUUGGCGUCGCUACGAUGCAAGUUAGUAGUCAAGGAUUUGUGAUCUCAAACUCGGUAAAUUUCGAGUACAAGUCUCCGCCAAAGACAGAAGUGAAAGUUGAAGCUGGCUCAAGUGAGGUUAUGUACAAAUUUAGCUUGUUAAAUCGCUUGGAAACGAUCGAUGAGAAGCUUCAAAUCAAAUUGGAGCCAAAUGAUGGAUCUUCCGACGAAGCCACGUUAUUUAAACAACCAAAUUUCGAAGAACGACUUGUUUCGUAUUGUCAAAAGCUUACGCAGCGCACGUGGCGAUCAGCUACUCCGACGCCGUGGGGUGUUUCGCACAAAGGAAUGACUUUGUUACAUUUGGCAGCGGCAUUGGGAUAUUCGCGUUUGGUUUGUACGAUGCUUACAUGGCGAUCGGAUAACUCUUCAAUGAUCCUCGAGGCAGAAACUGACGCCUUGAGUCAAGAUGAAGACGGAUACACACCCCUGAUGUGGGCCUGUUCGAAAGGUCAUCUCGAAGUUGCCACCAUUUUGUAUCGAUACAAUCACAAUGCACUAAAUGUCAAAAAUAACCAAGGCAUGAGUCCGAUAGAUGUCGCUAAAGCAAAUAACCAUCAAAAUAUCGUCAAUGAAUUGGAGAAACUUGAACAGGAAAGACUCAAACCUGCAGAAAUAAAAGAAAAGGACGCGGAACAACCGAUCUUUAAUCCAUCAUCAUCAUAUCAAGAUCCAACGACGCGAUUGUCGCCGCAAUCGGAAAACGCGGGAAAAGAUCUCAGCAAGUCACCGAUUUCGGAUAACAGAAGUCAUGAUGGCGUCUUUUUACGCCCGGGAGCUGUUCUUGCAUCGCAAAGCCCGCCAGGAGCGAGAUUGUCAAAGAGAUCUUCAAUUGACAGCGGAAUUAACAUGGAUAUUCGUACUCCAUUGACACGAAGCGGAAAAGGCAUCAAAGAUAGUCAUCGUCGAUAUUAUCUUAUGGAUCGCAGUAUGUCACUUCCGAUCUCAUCAAAUUCUCCGCAAUCCAUGUCAAGUUUCGACAUUGGCGACAGCUAUACUGAGUCGCCGUUGAAUAUGACAGCGUCAAAUAGUGGUUCACUUCUGUCGCCAUUGCGAAAAAUGGAUUUCGCAUUAUGCGAAACAGCCGCUGAUUCAAGUCCAAUUGCUGAACAUGAAGAUUCUCAAGACGAUGACGACGAAACAAACAGUCAACAAAAUACUGAAAUUGGGAAUACUCGAGUUGGGGAGUCGGAUGCUAAAGUUCUCACGUUAGCAGAACAAAUUAUCGCAGCGAUGCCAGAAAGGAUCAAGAACGAAUCUGAGGAAGUAAUGUCUCUCGGAAGUCCCUUACCCGACAGUUUAUCAACAGAUGCAUCCACAAUCGGCAUGUUAGGUGAUUCGUUCAUUGAGCCUCUCUUAGACAGUCAGUUCGAUCAGGAGUUUAACUUUGAAUUCAGCGAUCACAAUUAUCGUUACCAUGACGUUGGCACCCCCUGCUCAAGUCUCAGUCCCGCAAGUUCGGGCCCCCUUCAAAGUCCCGCAAGUUAUUCCGUGCCGCCAGAUCCUCCAAUGUGCUCGCCAAGUCCUCCGCCAACCACGCAGGACUUUACGGAAUUCCUUCAAGCCUCAAAUUCGACGCCAAAACCCUUCGAAGCUGAUUUUUCGAAUCUCACACUCACGGAUAAGGAACAACGCGAAUUGUAUGAAGCUGCAAAAUGCAUCCAGAAGGCAUAUCGUUCGUACAAGGGACGAAAAAAGUUGGAAGAACAAGACAAGGAACGUUCCGCUGCGGUUGUGAUCCAAAAUUAUUACCGGCGAUACAAACAAUACGCUUACUAUCGACAAAUGACACACGCCGCACUCGUCAUUCAGAACGGAUAUCGAAGUUAUUGCGAAAAUAAGCGAUUUAAAAAGUCCCUGCAUCAGUCACAUGCUUCAACUUCGGGACAGGAACAACCGCCAUCGACUUUGGGGUAUUAUAGGAACUAUCGAAGCGACUCGCAGCAUUCCAGUAGCAACUCGAAGGAGCAAAGCCCAUCAGGACCGUUGAAACGAACGUAUUCUCAACGCACCCAAAAUCAAGCAGCUCGAAAAAUUCAACAAUUUAUGCGACAAACUAAAAAUAAUUUAUGGGAUGAGCAUAUUGCGAAAUUGACUGCAGAGAGAACGAGCCGAAAAAGAGAGGCUUGUGCACCAACGUCGAGUGGAGUACCUCCAAAACUCGCAGUCAGUCGCUCAACCAGAUCCAGCUCAGCUGCUGUCAUCGGGGCAAACGCAUCAACCUCAGCAUUAACGACACGUUCCAAGAUGCAACCAUGACUUUGACGACAGGCUUCGGCACCAAGUACUUAAAGUACAUUCAAAUUAAAAAAAAACACUCAAGUUGUUGUGCAAAAAAAAAAUAUUAAAUUAUCGACGUGUGAAAAAAAAAUGUUCAUAAAAAAAUAUCAGUAUUCUCUUUAAUUAUAUUAAAAUUAAAUUAAAAUUAAUUAAUUAAUUCAUCCUGAAAAGUAAUCAAAAUAAUGCAAAAAAAAAAAAAAUAAAUAUUUAAUCUUGCUCUAUUAAUUAUUAAAAAUAUUAA